AGCGCGGCAUGGGUGGCGCGCUGCUGCUAGCGCUGCUGGCGGCGGCGCGGGCCAGCGAGCCUAAUGCCACCGAACUCAGCCCCUCGCCGCCACCAGAAGAGGAGAAGACCCCGCUGUUCCCCAUCGACCUGUUCACGGAGGAGCAGCGGCGGUCGGGCGCCGUGCUGCUGCACGUCAUCGGCAUGGGCUACAUGUUCGUCGCGCUGGCAAUCGUGUGCGACGAGUUCUUCGUGCCGGCGCUGGACGUCAUCAUCGAGCGGCUGGCCAUCCGGGACGACGUGGCCGGCGCCACCUUCAUGGCGGCGGGGGGGUCGGCGCCGGAGCUCUUCACCUCCAUCAUCGGCGUGUUCGUGUCGUUCGACGACGUGGGCAUCGGGACGAUCGUGGGCUCGGCCGUCUUCAACAUAUUGUUCGUGAUCGGUGCGUGCGCGCUCUUCUCCAGAACGACUUUGACAUUAACGUGGUGGCCCCUGUUCCGCGAUUGCUCCUUUUACUCGGUCAGCCUCCUGGUGUUGAUAUACUGUUUCCGGGACAGCCAUAUCUACUGGCAGGAGGCGCUGGUGCUGUUCUCGCUGUACGGCGCGUACGUGAUGUUCAUGCGGUGGAACCAGCCCGUGGAGCGCGCGCUCAAGAAGCUCAUUUACAAGAACAAGGUGACGCGCGUGCGGAGCACCGACCAGCUGAUGCCCACGCACCAGACAGCUGCCCAAACUUUGGGGUAG